AUGGAUAAAAAAGUUAAGUUGCUGCUUUUUAUAAAAAUUUUUACAUUUAUACUUUUAACAUGGAUAUGCUAUUUUGACAGUGAGCUCUGUACGUAUAACAAAUCUAUCGAUAAAAAUUAUAAACAUUGUAAAAAAUUUUAUACAAAAAGUUAUCGAACACUGGCAAAAUGUAAACAGAAUAAUAAUUCGAAUAACGUAUGCUUAAAAGAAAUGCUUGAGAAUAAUGGAGUAAAUAAUCAAAGAGAUAUAUCUAAUAAUGUAAAAUGCAGAGAAGGAAAAAACAAACCAUCGAACAGAAGUUUAUUAAAUAAGGCGCAAUACUAUGUGAAAAUUAUAGAUUAUAAUAAUGGAAUGUUUGAUGGAAAACAUUUCCAUUUCGAAAAAAAAUGGAUAAAAAAAAGAGAUUAUGACGAAUUUGUUGAGAAAAAAAGGAAAAUUAGUGAUAUAGCCUUAAAAAAAAUAAAACUUAGAAGUUACGGUUUUGGAGUUACUAUAAUUUUUAUUUUUUUAUUUUUGGGAAUAGGAUUAGCCGUACUACCAAAAUUACCAUUUCUGCAAGUUAUAUGGAAGACGAUCGAAAAAGCAUCAUAUUUUCAAUCUUUUAAAGCGGCUAUUGAGUCUGUGGAAAGAUAUGUAAACAAUAAUCUUUAUAUAUUAUUAUAUAUCGUACUUAUGGUUAUAUUAUCAGUCGCAGUUAUAAUAGUGAUUCAUAAGAUCUUAAGAAAUAAUGAGAAAUAUACAAAAAUGUGGUUGAUUAAUGAGUAA